UAACCAAAGGUACAUUGUCUCGAUAGGACCAGUACUUGUGGUCUGCUGUCCAGAGCACUCCUGCUGCUUGUAUAGAUAGUAUCAUGACUAGUGAGAAUGUGGUAAAGAAUUAUGAAGGCAACAUGAACGCAGUUGUUGAUCAUGAGCAUGAAAUCAAGAUCAUCCCUAACACUUUACCUGAUUCAGAGGCAAAUUCAAGAGAAACUCUGGUGAUGCAAGAUGAUCAAGAUGUGAUACAAUGUCCAGCCUUAGAAGAAAAGCCCCCAGCUGAAGACCAAAGCCAACCUAUAGACAAUGAGGAAGUCGAUAUUGACCUUCUCAGUCUGCCCUUCUCCAAGAAGCUCUGGACAAUAGUGCAGAAUGAGUCAUUCAAGUCUGUGAAUUGGACUGAGGAAGGAGACACCAUCAAAAUUGAAGUAGACCUUUUCCAGAGAGAGGUCCUUCACCAGAAGGGAACAAAGAAGAUUUUUGAAACAGACAGCUUGAAGGGUUUUAUUCACCAGCUCAACAUGUAUGGAUUCAGGAAGAUAUGCCCUGGGAUCCCUGUGGUUUCCCCUGAGGAGAACAAGAGAGUAAUGAUGUACCGUAACAUCAACUUUCAGAGAGAUAAGCCUGGACUCCUUGAGUAUAUCUGGGGAAAAGAAGACCAGGGAAAUCCUAUCCAGCAAACAAUCUGUAUACCAAUUCCACUUAGGGCUUCUCGAGAGCCAACUUCAAAAAGAAAGAAGAUGUUACCUACCAGAUAUUCUCCACGAUUCGAUCAUAAACAUGAGAAAGAAGACGAUGAAGAGUCCAAGAAAAAAAGGUCCAAAAACCAGGAACCCAAAGAAAAUCAGUGCUUCACUUUUUCUAAUGUAUGGGCAAUGAAAACAAUUCCUGGAUGUUCCCUAGAAAAGCAGUCUCUUGGGGAGUCAAGCAACCCCACUAGGGAGGACAACUCAAGGAAUAUUAUAUGUGUGCCUCAAGCUACUCCUGAAAUCCAAGGUACAGAAGAAGUUCCCAGUGCCAACUUCUCCAGGUACACAAUUUUGGGUUCUGUGAUGUCUCUAUAUGACAAUUGCUGUUCUGUUAUAUUCUCUGCCCUCUCAGAGAGGCCACCAAAUGAGACCCCUGAUGAAGAACAAGAAGGGUCCUCAGAUUACAAGGAUGUAAUCUGCCAGUCCAUAGAGAAUAGUCCUCGUUUAUGAACUCACAGGCCCCAGGAGAUCAGUAGAAAAAUGUUUUUGUAAAGAUUAGUCUAUUUGGUAUCAAAAACAUAAAACUCAUGAUGGUAAAUAAACUAAAUGACAAACUA